AUGAAUGUUGCUUAAGUUGUUUUACUCAAAAUAUAAAGGUUCAAUCAAAUCUAUCAUAUACCUCAAGAAUAAUGUAUAAAUACAAUCUUUUAAAAUUGGGAAGCUAGGCUUGUCCAACCUUUAGAUACUCAAGUCUAAAAAGAAUCAAUAGAAGAAGCAUUAUCUAUUUUAAAUCAAAAUAAUUAGAUUCUCUUGAUGACAGAAGAAGAAAUAUUUUUCUUAAUUUCUAUUGGUUUGACCGACCAUAAUCAUAUGGAUUGUUCAAAGGUUCAAUAAUGGUUUGAUACAAAUUUUGAUAAAUAUUUACUUUCAUAUUUUUCUGAAUAAUUAAAUGCUGUUAUUAAUCAAUAAAUGAUUAAUGGGUAAAUCCAAAUUCAAGAGGUAACAUUAGAUGAAGGAAAACCUAAAGUGGAGUAAAUUUAAAAUGAAUAUUAUAACAGAGAAGGAUUAGAAUUUGCUAAAUCACUAAAAUGA